AUGUCAAAAGGAGUAUUAUAUUCUAACUUCAGAAUUAGAGGUCUUGUUCCAAGAACAUUGGUAAAACAAUUGGAAUUGGAUGUUAAAGUUGUCGAUCCAGAUACCGACGCUGAAAGAUUCGGUUCUAUCUUCCCUUUGAAGAAAUUACCAGCAUUCUAUGACGCUACUGGGUUUAAAUUAACUGAAUCUAUGGCAAUUAAUUACUAUUUAAUUAAUUUAUCCAAUAAUGAAAAAAUCAAAAGAAAAUUAUUGGGGCCUGCUGACAACUUCAAGAUUCAAUCUCAAAUUAUCAGAUGGCAAUCAUUAGCCAAUUCUGAUUUAUUGAUCCAAUUGCUGAAUGCAUUUGCUCCUCUAAGAGGUGAUGUCCCAUACAAUAAGAAAAAUGUUGAUGCUGCUUUGGUCCAAAUUAAGAAAAUCACUGAUAUCUUUGAGGCCAGAUUAAAAGAAUACACAUAUUUGGUCACUGAAGAUAUUACCAUUGCAGAUCUAGUUGCCGCUGCUUCCUUCGUUAGAGGGUUCAAUUACUUGUUUGGCGUAGAAUGGAGAGCUCAAAACCCUGCUAUUGUCAGAUGGUUCAAUACAGUGAUUAACUCCAACUAUUUGAAGGAUGAAAUGACUGACUUCAAAUUUAUUGAAAAACAGUUAGAACCACCACAGAACAAGAGCAAGAAGGAAAAGAAACCUGCUGCUGCUGCUGCUCCAGCUGCCGCUUCCCAAACCUCAAAAGCUAAGAAGGAAACCGCCGAUGCUGAAGCUGCCCCACCAGCUGAAAAGAAACCAAAGCAUCCUUUGGAAGCUCUAGGUAGAUCCACUUUCGUCUUAGAUGAAUGGAAGAGACAAUACUCCAACGAGGAUACCAGACCAGUUGCUUUGCCAUGGUUCUGGGAACAUUACAACCCAGAAGAAUACUCUUUGUGGAAGGUUGAAUACAAGUACAAUGAUGAAUUGACCCAAACCUUCAUGUCUAACAACUUGAUCGGUGGUUUCUUCAACAGAUUGUCUGCUUCUACCAAGUACAUGUUCGGUUCCAUGGUUGUCUAUGGUGAAAACAACAACAACGGUAUCAUUGGUGCUGUUAUGGUUAGAGGUCAAGAUAAUGUUCCAGCCUUUGAUGUUGCCCCAGAUUGGGAAUCUUACAGUUACACCAAGUUGGACCCAACUAACGAAGAAGAAAAGGAAUUCGUUAACAACAUGUGGGCUUGGGAUAAACCAGUUGUUGCUGGUGGUGUCUCUAAGGAAAUUGUUGAUGGUAAAGUCUUGAAAUAA